AUGGGGAAACGAAGGAAAUCAAAAUUCAGUGUCUUCGCCUGUCUUCCGCAAGCAGCAUCUCCUGUCACGUUCCAGAGUCCACCAACCAGCCCUCGCAUGGCCAAUACUGACAGAGGUUUGUCUGGUCGGAUCGUAUCGCUUGUUCCAAAGGAGGCUAGAAGAAACGCUAGGAGUGGAACCUUUGAUGAUGCACAAGAGCCCACUUCCCCAAAAGUUUCAUGCACGGGCAAAGUCAAGAACAAAAGCAAGAAAAAACCGCAAGCAACUAAGUCAGACUCUUGUCCUAAACCAACACCAACCGUUUUCAAAGGAAAGAAACAAGGUCUGCAAUCUGAUCAUACCUCUCGUGGGAGGCCGCCUGUUGCAGAUAAACCUCCUUCUUUAGGUCACAUGAAUCAGUUCUCGAGCAAUUGUGGCGUGUUAAGAGAUUUUGAUUGGAAGGCUCAUGAUGUUUCAGGGAUGCCAGAUAACUCAACUAAUAGUUCAUAUGAUGAGAAGAACGGAGAUAAAGAGAAGGUGUUUAUUGUAGUGGAAGUGGAUGAAGACAUUCCUAGAGAGCCAAAGAAACAAGUAGAAUUGUGGAGGAGAAGAAGCAGGACUCCUCCUGGACCUCUUCAAUUGGAGAAACAAGCACGUUGUUAA